AUGGCGUCCCUGAAACUUCCCAUCUGCUUAGAGCCCUUCGAUUCCGAAAGAUCAAGUCUUUCCAAAAACCCACUUCAGUUCCCAGCUAAUUGCUCACUCUUCUACGUGACCAGCUUCAAUAGAGCUUCUACUACCGCUUCGUCGAGUAGAUUCACUCCUUCCAGAGCUCCCCAAAUCGGGACUGAAUUGCAGGAUAAGGUGAAGGAGAGUGUUCAUAAUCGUGCAGUUGGGAAAGGAAUCAAAGGAAGGAGGAAACAUGUUGGGUUUAGUCCUGAUUCUAAGAGGAAUCAUGGCAAGCAGGAAAAGUAUGAUCUUUUUGUGUAUGAUGAUGGGCUGGAUGUUAAUUACAGUGUUGUUCAGUCUGAUUUGAGCUUAGAAAGCUGCAAUUUCGUUCUCAAAAGGCUGGAGAAAGAGAGCACCGACGACAAAACUCUGCAUUUCUUCGAAUGGAUGAGGAAGAACAAGAAGCUGGAGUAUAAUCAGUCUGCUUACAAUCUAGUCCUCCGAGUUUUCACCAAAAGGAGAGAUUGGCAAGCUGCAUCAACCACAAUCAAGGAAGCCACUGAUCAAUGUGGGUCCCACCUCGAUUUCCGGCUAUUCAACACACUCAUCUAUGCUUGUUGCAAGCAAGGCAAUGUCGAAUUGGGCAGCAAAUGGUUCAAGAUGAUGCUGGAGCUUCAAAUUCGGCCUAACAUUGCCACGUUUGGAAUGCUCAUGGGGCUUUAUCAGAAGGGUUGGAAUGUUAGAGAGGCAGAGUUUGUGUUCAACCAAAUGAGAAGCUUUGGUAUCAAAUGUGAGUCUGCUUACUCUUCCAUGAUCACAAUUUAUACUCGUUUGAGCUUGUACGAUAAAGCGGAAGAAGUUAUCUAUUUCAUGAUGAAGGAAGACAAUGUGGUGAUGAAUUUGGAGAACUGGUUGGUGGUGAUCAAUGCUUAUAGUCAAAGAGGAAAGUUGGAAGAAGCUGAACGGAUGUUUGAAUCGAUGCAGGAAGCUGGUUUUCCUCCUAAUGUGAUUGCAUAUAACACGUUGAUAACUGGGUACGGGAAAGUGUCUGACAUGGUUGCUACUCAACGCCUGUUUUCAGCUAUUGAAGAUGUAGGGUUACAGCCCGAUGAGACCACCUAUCGGUCCAUGAUUGAAGGAUGGGGUCGAAUGGGGAACUAUGAAGAGACAAAAUGGUAUUACAAUGAGCUGAAGAGAUUGGGCUUCAGGCCUAACUCGUCAAAUUUGUACACCUUGAUCAAUCUGCAGGCUGCACAUGGCGAUGAAGCAGGAGCAAUUAGAACUCUGGACGAGAUGCUGGAGAUGAGAUGUCAGCAUUCCUCGAUCAUUGGCACUGUGCUGAAAGCAUAUGAGAGAGUAGGAAGGAUGAACAGAGUCCCCAUUCUUCUGCAUUCCUCAUUUUAUCAGCAUAUUAUGGUAAACCAAACUUCUUGUUCUAUCGUUGUAAUGGCUUAUGUGAAGAACAAUAUGGUGGAUGAAGCCAUGAAAGUGUUAAGAGAGAAGAGGUGGAAGGAUGGGGUUUUUGAGGAUAACUUGUAUCAUUUGCUGAUUUGCUCUUGCAAGGAGCUGGGGAAUCUUGAGAAUGCUGUUGAGAUAUAUACACUGAUGCCUAAAUCUGAUCUCAAUCAGCCAAACUUGCACAUUUCUUGCACCAUGAUUGAUAUUUACACCACAAUGGGUCGGUUUGAUGAAGGAGAAGAGCUUUAUCUGAAGAUGAAAUCUUCAGGAAUUGCCAUGGAUCUGAUUGCAUUCAACAUUGUUGUGAGGAUGUAUGUGAAAUCUGGGUCCUUAAAACAAGCUUGUGAUGUUCUGGAAUCAAUGGAGAAACAAAAGGAUGUAGUUCCAGAUGUUUAUCUUUACCUAGACAUGCUGCGAAUCUACCAACGAACUGGCUUGUCGAGCAAGUUAAAAGAUCUGUACUACAACCUUUUGAAAAGUGAUAUCGUUUGGGACCAGGAGCUUUACAACUGCGUCAUAAACUGCUGUGCCAAUGCUCUACCAGUCGAUGAGCUUUCCAGGCUCUUCAACGAGAUGAUUCGCCAAGGCUUUGUUCCUAACACCGUUACCUUCAAUGUUAUGCUCAAUAUUUAUGGAAGAUCAGGGCAGUUUGAAAAGGCCGAGGAGAUGCUGCAAAUGGCAAGGAAACGAGGUCUGGUUGAUGCCAUCUCUUACAAUACCAUCAUUGCUGCUUAUGGCCGCAGUAAAGACUUCAAGAAGAUGGCUGCAACAGUACGGACAAUGCAGCUUGACGGGUUCUCAGUUUCCCUUGAAGCAUUCAACUCCAUGCUGGAUGCAUACGGGAAAGAAGGUCAGACUGAGAGCUUUCAGAGUGUGUUGCAAAGGAUGAAAGAAUCGAGCUGCUCAUUAGAUGCUUACACUUACAACAUUAUGUUGAACGUUUAUGGAGAACGAGGAUGGAUCGAUGAAGUUGAAGGAGUUCUGACCGAACUAAGACAAUGCGGACUCAGACCAGAUAUAUGUAGCUACAACACUUUGAUUAAGGCUUAUGGGGUUGCUGGAAUGGUUGAGAAUGCAGUCAGUUUGGUGAAGGAGAUGAGGGACAAUGGGGUAGAACCUAAUAAGAUUACAUACACUAACUUGAUUGCUGCAUUGCAGAAGAAUGAUAAGUAUUUGGAGUCUGUCAAAUGGUCUUUGUGGAUGAAGCAGAUGGGGCUGUGA